AAUUCAAAAGAGCCUACACCAGAUUGCCCACACCAGGUUGCCUAACCAUUUAAGCAAAGAGAGAAAGAGAAGCCAAGCAAGCAAAGACAUCCUUAGUCUCUCCAAUCCCUACCCCUUUGAAAACUCAAGUGUUUCCAAGAGACUUUCACAAGUUGUUCAAUGCAGCAGAGAAAGAUCACACUUAAUCUCAGCUAGGCAGUUUGCUAAGGAUUCAUUACAAUGAAGUGUUUCUACUAUUUUAAGGAAAAAUCUAGGACCAGAGAACAAAGAUCAGCUCCUGAGCUAAAAGACCAAAGCGGCUCUGAUUGUUCGGGAGCUAGUAGGGCGAUUAAGUCUUCCUGCUCGGCAAAUUCACCGCGCGGUAUACCGGAAUUGUAUGAAGAAAAGGCUCAUAAUUUAAGGGUGUUUACUUUCGAAGAGCUGAGGCAAGCAACAAAGGAUUUCAAUAGGUUACUUAAAAUUGGAGAAGGUGGAUUUGGAAAUGUCUACAAGGGUUCAGUUAAGCCUGCUGAGUCCAAGGGCGAUCCAGUUGUAGUCGCCAUUAAAAAGCUCAACAACGAUGGCAUACAGGGUCAUAAACAAUGGGUGGCAGAGGUUCAGUUUCUAAGUGUUGUGGAGCACCCCAAUCUUGUCAAACUAAUAGGCUAUUGUGCUGUGGAUGGAGAAAGAGGAAUUCAAAGACUACUCGUCUACGAAUACAUGCAAAACAGAAGUUUAGAAGAUCAUAUAUUUAACAGGGCCCACCCAAGUAUUCCUUGGGAGACAAGACUACAGAUAAUACUAGGAGCAGCUCAAGGAUUAACUUAUCUUCAUGAAGGAUUGGAAGUUCAGGUAAUAUAUCGAGACUUCAAAUGUGCAAAUGUGUUGCUGGAUGAGAAUUUCGAACCGAAGCUUUCAGACUUUGGGCUAGCAAGGGAGGGGCCAAUGGUUGGGCAUACUCAUGUGUCAACUGCAGUAGUGGGAACAUAUGGAUAUGCUGCUCCGGAUUACAUUGAGACCGGUCAUCUGACAACUAAGAGUGAUGUCUGGAGCUUCGGUGUCGUGUUGUUUGAAAUUCUUACAGGCAGGCGAUCGUUGGAGAGAAACCGGCCAAGAACAGAACAAAAACUUUUAGAAUGGGUGAAACAGUUUCCUCCUGAUAGCAAAAGGUUUGGCUUGAUGAUGGAUCCUCGACUUGAUAGUAGUUAUUCUAGUAGUGCAGCAAGAAAAAUUGCCAAGUUGGCUGAUAGUUGUCUAUCAAAGAGUCCAAAAGACCGGCCAACAAUGAGUCAGGUAGUAGAAACAUUGAAGCAGAUUAUUAAAGACUCAGAAGAAGCAAACCAAACAGACAGAAGUCCUGAAUCUUCUGAAGAUGUCCAAGUUGAAUCGGAGACAAUGAAGAAACAAUUAGGGGCCUCAGAAUCGUGGAAAAGAAGAAUGAAUCACCUGGCAAAACUAGGAGAGCAUGUGGAGAGUGCUGGUAGAAGAAGAUUCAUGAUUAUGCAGAGGGCAAAGGUUUAGGGUUUAGGGUACCUGACACUAAAUCAUUUACCACACCUGUACUUUGCUGAAUGGUAGUCUAAUGGCUUAUUUUUUAGACUAAUGGUAGGAGCAUGUACGGCAGACAUGUUUGAAAAGCAUCAGAUAAUUAUUCUUAUUCUU